GCACGUGUUACUAAUUAUCUCCUGGUAGGGAAGAUGGGCACCAGCAGAAUGUUGCUAAUGCGAACUUUCAGAAUCAUAGUGUUUCAGUUUGGUCAAACGGGGUUUUGCCAGUGUCUCCGCGUAAGGCACGGACUGGAAUUCGUGAUCGGAAGCUUAAAGAUAGACCGAGUCCCCUUGGACCAAAUGGGAAAGUUGAUUCUGUUGAUCAUCAUUGCAUGGAGAACGGAGCUAUUACCCCAUGUGAUUAUCAGCGACCAACACAGCAUCUUCAAGCAGUUGCUGAACUACCUAAGAAUGCUACGGGGGAUGAUAUUCAGGGACUAGCCGAAAAGCCGAGAACCCGUGUAAAAGGUCUGACUGAAAUGUCGACCGUGGAAGAUGGAGAGGAGGUAGAGCAACUAAACCGCCUCAGUUUUACCAGAUAUCCUCUGAUAGCACCACUUGGGAUUCCUUACUGCUCUGCAAGUGUGGGUGGGGCCCACAGAGCAUUGCCUGUGAAUAGCACGGGUAAUUUUGUCGGUUAUUGUGACAGUGGCAGGUUAUCUGAUCCAGAUACGUUGAGAAGGCGCAUGGAGCAGAUUGCAAUGGUACAAGGUCUUGGAGGUGUUUCUAUGGAAUGCGCAAGUAUGUUGAAUAGCGUUUUGGAUGUAUACUUGAAACGGUUGAUAAAGUCUAGUCUCGAUUUAGUGGGAACUAGGUCUGCGAAUCAGCAAACAAAGCUGCCUGCAACAAAUCAGCAGAUUCAGGGGAAGGCCAUUAAUGGCAUGUUGCCGAAUAAUCAUUUACAUCUGCAUAGUACCGGUAGGAUGGCGGAACCCGAGCCUGAACGAAGACCCCCCGGUUCUCAGUAUCUUUGAAUGAUUUUAAACUUGCGAUGGAGCUAAAUCCACCGCAACUUGGAGAAGAUUGGCCACUACAACUAGAGAAAAUUUCUAUGCAAUCCUUUGAAGAAUAACACAUUAAUAAAGAUUUUUUUUCUUUUACUUAAGCAAAGGCUGGGUCUAUUUCUUCUGAUUCUGAUAGCUUGGCCGCAGUUGGUGAUUAUCGCCGUACUUUGCUCUGUCCAUAUUGCCAAGAUGAACCAGAAGACAUCCAUCCGAACGGGGAAUUUCUACCCCUCCCAAGAUCAAAUUCUGGUUCCGAGCUUUCAAAUGUUUUAUCUCUGCAAUGUGCUGGAGUUAGCAUGGAUCAGAAAUAUAUUUAACUGCAACCAAGUGUACUAUCAAAUGAAACUCAAGAUUGGUUGCUCUGUUGUAUAUGUAGAAUCGAUAUUGGCAGUAUUGUUACUAUUGCAAGAGAUCUCGAUUGCAUUACACACAACGAAGAGACUCGGGAAAAGUUUUGCAGGAAUACUAUUGUGUAGCUGGGGUCAAGGAACUGUGACAUGUAUAAGAGCGGAAGGACCGCGCUCUAUGUAAUUUUAGAAUAUGACGAUUGGUUUAGAUUCAACAUUAAUAACACGUCAAGAUCUAUUAAAGUUUCCUUGAUGAUUUCCGUUUUAUGGUUGAUGUUCGUGGUCCAAAUUUGACCAAUAUAUCUGAA